GUGUCUACUCAUCCCGAAACAAAGCCGGAGAAGAAGAACUGCAUUGAGCACUUUCCUCUGCGUGGAAAUGGCGCUUUUAGGUGCACAAGCCUGAAACCAGAGUGAGCAUCUCGUGCUUGCCAGUCAGUUGAAGCGCACAUAGGGCACUACGCAUGUACUUUGAGAAGGAGUGGAUUAUGACAGAGGAUAGAAGAAAUCGGGAGAUUCAUCAAGGAAAUAUAAAAUCCCACGGCUCCGAUAAAGCCGUCAACAUCGGGCAGUGAACAAUGCAUGACCUGACUGCCCAAGUCACCAGCAGCCUGCUGCCUUUCCCAGCAGUGACUGUAGACGCUCUGGGGGAGGAUGAGAUCACCCUGGACUCGGUGCUACAUGGGAAGUUCACGAUUGGCCGCAGCGGGCUGGCCUGGCUGGCAUGCGGCCCCCAUCUGGAGGUUGUCCAUGCAAUGACAGGAGAACGGCUGUCUGCGUACUGCUUCAGUGGUGCAGGUGAGCACCCACCAAGUGUCCUCGCUGCCAGGGACUUCAGCUGGCUCAAACGGUCUGGAUUGCUGGUUGGCUUGGAGGAAGCAGAGGGCAGUGUGCUGUGUCUUUUUGACUUGGGACUGUCACGGGUAGUCAAAGCUGUGGUUAUACCAGGCAGAAUUACAGCUAUUGAGCCGUUGGUGAGUUAUGGUGGAGCAAGCACUUCGACCCAGCAUCUUCACCAGAGCCUGCGCUGGUUCUUUGGCAUUGCCGCCGUAGUAACAGAUCUCGGUCAUGUUCUACUUGUGGACCUUUGUCUCGACGACCUGUCAUGUAGCCAAAGUGAACUGGAGGCUUCAGACUUGCAGGUAGUUACCAAAUCUCCUGCAGACAUCCCUAGACUUAGAGAAGUCAGCACCAGACAGGGCAGACAUCUUUGCCUUCAGCUGAAUGGACCCAGUGGCGUUGGAGCCACAGCUCUGCAGUACAUCUCCCGGACCAACCAGCUUGCAGUGGGAUUUUCUGAUGGAUACUUACAACUGUGGAACAUGAAGACUCUAAAGAAGGAAUACCACUCCCAGUUAGAAGGUGGCAGGGUGCCUGUUCACGCCUUCACCUUCCAGGAGCCAGAAAAUGACCCCAGGAACUGUUGCUACCUCUGGGCUGUCCAGUCUGCUCAGGACCUUGAGGGAGAUAUGGUCAGCCUCCACCUGCUCCAGCUGGCCUUCAGUGAAAGGAAGUGUCUAUCUUCUGGGAAGAUCCUCUAUGAGGGUCUGGAGUACUGUGAAGAACGGUACAGCCAGGAGUUGAAUGGCACAGCUUUUCCUCUCAGGGCCCAGGCCACCAAUACUCGUCUGCUGAGUUGCCAGACCAUCGAGAAGUUCAGGCCCCAUCCUGACAUGGAUGACAGCAUGAAAGAAGUUGCAUCUCCAGACACCAGUGUGUCUAUCUUCAGCUGGCAAGUGAAGGCCUAUGGUCAGGGAACUCCAUCUACCUACAUCGGGGUUUUUGACAUCAACCGUUGGUACCAUGCACAAAUGCCAGACUCUUUAAGAACUGGAGAGUCUCUGCAAAAUUGUCCCUACCUGGCAGUUUGGUCUCUGGACCCUGUGGUGCAGAUGGUGUCUUCACAUGUCCUCCUGGAUGCGGUGGUGCAUGAUCGCAGCCUGAGCAGGGGCCUGCCCUUCACCUGCCCCCCACCAGAACAGUAUUUCAACCCCACCACAUAUAACUUUGAUGCAACCUGCUUGCUCAACUCUGGAAUUGUGCACUUAACCUGUUCUGGCUAUCAGAAAGAGACUCUGAGCUUUUUGAAGAAAGCUGCUCCUUGUUCCAGUGACAUCAUCUCCACCAGCUACUCCCGCUGCCUCAUGUCUGGCCUUCUCUCAUCUCGCCUGGCUGACACCCAGGCCUCCAGCCUCUCUCAGGAGGAGCAACUGGAUGCCAUCUUGUCCACAGCGGUGGAGACCAGUUCCUUGGGACUGAUAACUGGCUGUAUCAAGCAGUGGACUGCAGAAGAACAACCAGGUUCUGCACUGAACCUGCGCUACAUCCUGGAUUGGGCCUGGAACAAAGUGGUCCAGACGAAGGAGGAACUAGAUAGCAUCUGUGCACCACUGUUUGACAGCUCAUCCAACUUUACAGACCCUCAGACCAUGCAGCUGCUACAGCACAGCCAGAGGCUGCUCAGUAACCUCAGUACCAUCUUCCACUGUCUGCUCAGUGAAGCUCAGGAGCUCACACAAAAAGGACUGGUGGGUCUGAUGACCAAGAACAUGGUAUCCAGUCUGAUUUCCAUGUAUGCUCAGGUGGUGCUCUGGUUCUGUCGCACUGGUUUACUGCCUGAAGGAUCGGAUGAUGACGCGCUCCAGAUCUCCAGACCUUUCUAUACUCAUUCAGUCAUCAGCAACUAUUAUACUAUACGCAGAGAGGAGCUCACCAGGCUGGCUAAGGGCACAUGGUGUGCAGACUGCUUAAUGAUUGACGGUUUGGUCGGUCAGUGCGGUGAACAUUUGGUAAACCUGUGGAAGAGGGAUGAGGGUGGAACAGGACAAUACCCCCCACCUACACUGCAUGCCUUGUUGGACAUUUAUCUGCUGGACAACAUUGACGAAGCUGCCAAACAUGCAAUUGUGAUUUACCUGUUGCUGGAUGUCAUGUACUCCUUCCCCAAUAAGGAGGGAGCAUCGGUAGAGUCUUUCCCCACAGCUUUUGCCAUCCCUAUGGGACUGGUGAAACUGGUACAAGGUCUCUGGCUCCUGGACCAUAAUGACCAUCAGAGUUCAUUUGAGCUUCUCUUGCAUCCAGCUGCCUCUCAGUGUCAGUUUGAAUGGCAGCAUGAGCGGGUCCUGCAAGCAUUGAUGUGUCAGGGCCAACACUCAGUGGCACUGCGAUACUUCCAUGUUAUGAAACCCCCAAUUUCUUCCACAUCUCAGGCCAAACUCUGCCUCUCUGUGCUGCUGCACAACAGGUGUCUCAUAGAGGCGUGGUCUUUACUUCGACAGCACUCUAAUCGCCUCAACAUGAGUGAACUGCUGGGCUUCCUGUAUGAGAGCUGCCAGGAGCUGGGCCUCAUCAAGGAGUUGUUCAAACUGCCCCUGGGCCUCAAUGAACAGGAAUGUUUGGAGAAGUUUCUCCAGGGCACAGGGGGUCUCCAGAACAGAGAACUGCUGAUGGUUCAUUACCUUCAGCAGGCCAACUACAUUCCUGCCCUGCAGCUUAACCACAGCCUCAAAAUGAAUCUGGUGAAUGAGCGAGACCCAAAGCUUAAAGAGCGGUCCAACACCAGGAACUCUAUCUUGGAUCAGUAUGGCAAAGUUUUGCCCAGAGUCCAGCGGAAACUGGCAAUGGAGAGAGCCAAGCCCUACCAGCAUCCCUACGCUAUUCAUAGGGAGGUUUCUCGGCCGCAGCCGCUGUCGACCAUCACCAAACGGUCUGCCAAUGAGAAGGUGAUGUCGAGGGCCGGCUUCAUUAACAAUGUCCUCGUCAAGAUUGAGGAGGUGUGGUUAGGCAAAGGAGCUACCCCACAGUCUUCCCCAGUCAAAAGCCCCCGUACAGCAGACGUUCAGAGCCCUAAGCCCUCCUCCUUUGCCCUUCCUGACCCCUUCCUGGGAACUCCUAUCACCAAGACCUCUAAACGAAAGUCAAGGUUGAUUGACUUGGUGGUUCACCCCUCCUGUCAGACCCCUCGCCGUCUUCUCAGCCCUCCCAGACCUCCCAGCUCCUGGGUUUCUCCAAAGACCACCAGCAAGGCCCCUGAACUCAGUCUGUUGCAAACACCACAGGUUGUCAAGCGAGCUCGGGCCUUGGCUGCUUCUGGCCCUGGGUUCUCAGCUUUUACCCCCCAGUCCAUCCUGCGCAGCAGCCUGAGGCCCACACCAGUCGCCACCCCUUCUGCUUCUCCAGGACGCUCCAUCACCCCCCCACUCCGCAGCAAAGAGAGUCGGAUCACUUUCAUUGAAGAGGCAGAAUCUCCAGAACCAGAGAAGGGCAUCCGAUGGACUAAUGGGAUGGCAGCAGACAGUGAGAUUAGUCUGCUGACCAGAGGCUCCUCGCUGUCCAAGGCUGCCCGUAAGACCUGGUCCUCACAGCCUGCUGAGGAGGAAGAGGAUGGAGACGAGAAAGUGGAACAGUCUAGUGUAAAGUUCUUGCCUCCAGAAGGCGGUAUUCUCUCACCACAGCUGAGAUGCUUUGAGAAUGAGUCGUCCUCCAUCCACAAAGUCACUGCGGAAAGCAGACCAUCGGAUGCAACACAAGCACGACUUAGCCUGAGCUUUGACGCCAGCCAGAUGUCUGUUCGUUCAACAGAUACCACUCUAGAGUACUACGAUGCACCACUCGCGGAAGAGCAGGACGAAGCGGAAGGGUACACAUCUGUAGGGAACGAUGAGGUAGUGACUUUGAACAUCAAAAACCUAACUGAAACGGAGGAGCCAGAGGAAACGACGUCACCAACCGCUGAGCAAACCCAUCUUCUGACAUCAGAGGAUCUAGAGAGAGAAGAGGAGCAAAUGAAGAAGGAGGAAACAUUUGAGGACUUGGUGGAGACUGGUCUUGAACAGGAGGCUAAAAAGGAGGAAGAUGUCCAGCAUGAAAAGGCGCUUGAACAAGAUGUUGAGUUGAGUAGCAAACAAGAAGAUGCAGCAACUCUUGACCAAGAGGAUGCGUCUAGUCACAGUCAAGUUUGUAACCAGGUAACUGAGUGCACAGACUCGUUCACUGAAGUCGAAUCUCAGGAUCAACCAACGUCAGCUGUGGGACAGGACGUCCAAUCAAAGUCCAGUGAAUCCACAGAGUUCACCGAGCAUCUGAAACCAUCUGAAACCACCGAACCCACAUAUGAACAAGAAGAGGAACUGGAGCAGUCAACAGAUCUGACGGAGUUUGUGCAAAGACAUCUGUUUGGCAGUGAUCUGUCUCCUCCACUCGCACGCUCAGGAAUCCAUGACACAUCACAGACCCAAACAUCCUUCAGCUGUGAGUCACCAGCUGUGGUUGAAGAGGAGGAACAGGCAGCUGUUGAAGCUCCCCCAGUGUUAACCAGCCAAAAGUCUAUAGCCUCUGUCACAUCCUCAGAGCCAACAGGCACCGACUCCCACUCUGUUGUGAGUUUAAACGAUAGCGAAGAACUUUCUAGCCCUGUGUCUGAGGAGGAAGAAGAUGAGGAGGAGGAAUCUGAUCAAGCUGAGGAGGAAGAGGAGGAGGAGGAGGAGGAGGAGGAGGAAGACUCUGGUAGUGAGGUGGAAAUCAUCGAGGAGGUCCAGGGCAAUGGGAGGCUACCCCCCCUCCAACCCAGUUCUGUCUUUGGACAACAGGGACAUGCGCACUUCCUGCCAAGUCUGUCAGAGCAUGAAGCUGCAGAGUUUUCUCUGAUCACACCCGAUGCAGAGAUGAAGAUGGUAGAAGAGGACAUGGAGGGUGAAGUGGUGAUGGUGAGACUUGGGGCAGAUGAAGGAGGGAUGGAGGCAGAUGAGCUUGAAGAGCAAGGAUCAUCAUAUAUGGAGCUUAAGCCUUCUACCACUCUCCUGGUACCUCUGGAGCUCAUGGAGGGGCAGGACGGAAUGGUGGACAGUUCUCAGCUGGGUCUUAGUGAGCUUCCACACACCAUUUUGCCAGAUGACCCAAGAUCUGAAACUCACAGCAGCUUCUCUCUGAUGCUGGAUGAGGAUGGGGAUAAAGAGGCAGACAUACAACCUAUGAAGAAUGAUCUGCAAUUCUCUGACCCUCCAACCCUGUCGCCAGCUGUGGAGACAAGUGAUGAACCUGUGGUCAAACCUGAGCUAAUUCUUUUGGACACAGAUUAUCAGGAUCCUCUCCUGUCUGGAGAAGGCUCUGAAGGGUACCAUCAGAAAGAGAUGGACAUCUUGGAUGCAGUUAACAUGGAUGGACUGACAGAGUCAGAAGUUGUAAAACUUGCUAACCAAGCUGACCUACAAACUGAAAACUUUGAGGCAACCCAUGAGCCAGAGGAUGCUAAAGAACAGAAUGAUGGAGACUUAGUAAUGCUGGCUGAAGAUCAGGAACUUGCAGGUCUUUUGGUCUCUGGGCCAACUCCAGUAGAAGAACUCCUGGCAGUUGUAGAUGACAAAGACGGUAUGGCUGAGGAAGAUGCUGCUGCUGAUGAGGAGAUGGGACCAGAGGAGGACAAACCAAGACAUGCUGAGGAACAGGGAGAACCUGAAGAGAAUGGGCCUGUUAAUACUGAUUCAGAGAUUGCCCCCAGCACAGAGAUGGCCACUGUCGAGGAGAAAGAGCAUGACCACGAAGCCUCAGAGGAGACACAUGAGGAGCACGGGGAAGAAGUUAAGAUGGAGAACGAAAUGAAAAGGAGAGCUAGUGAAAGGCAAAGAAAACAUAAAGAUGAUGACGCAGAGAAACCUGUGUUAAAUAGCCAGUCAGAGGAACAGCCUGUGCCAGGGACCCCCUCUGCUCAGAGGAUAAAGAAAGCUCCUUCAACCCCGACACGGAGGACAACGAGAGGGAGGACAGUUACUUUCAUCUCUCCCCUCCAGGAGGAAGCAGAGGAACCAGAGGAGGACGGGAAAGUAGAGGAGGCAGAAGCCAGCAAUCUGGUUCCGAGUCGUACACCCAGAAAAAGCAGACAGACCAAGGAGGUCAAAGUCCCAGCUAGCACACCUCGAAGAAGUACUCGCAGAGCCCUGCUAGAGUCUGCUAAAGAAGGGGUUCAGGAGGAGGUGGCCACAGACAAUGAUACCACAGCUGCAUCAACCUCCAAGGCUUCCUCUCCGUCCAGACAACGGGUUUCCCAGAGGACUGCUUCAACCCGGUCCAGCCAAAGGGGUAGUGAGGAGGUGUCUGCAGCCACAGAGGUUGAAAUUGAAGAGGAGUGUGAGGAUGAGAUCACAGACCCGAAGGCUACUCGACAAGCAAACUCUAAGACUCCCACAACGGCCAAACGCAGGAACACUCAGGGGAACACUCCAAGGAGGUCCAGCAGAAGGAUAGCAAGUAGCAGCGAUGUGGCACCAACUACGUUAGAAAUCCUGAAAGAGGAGAAGGAACAGGAGGUGUUUGCAUCUCCUGUCAAACACAGCUCCAGGAGAACCAAGACAUCAUCGGAGUCAUCAGACACGCAGCAAGCCCUGCCGGAGGAAGAGAACAAAAAACAAGUUUCCAGCCCUGGCAGGGCAACUCGACAGUCCAGCCGGAACACCUUAAAUGUUUAUCCACAAGUAAAACUGGUUCCCAUAUCACUUCCUCAGAGUGCAAGGAAGAAGAGAGGAGAGCUGAUAAGUGAAAAUAUAAAAGAAGGUGAAGCUCUGCCUGAGCCUAAGCUGAACAGCAAGGCUGGUCGCACCAGCUCCCUCCGACCAUCUAGAAGCAAACUCUGGGAUCACCCUGAGGAAGACCUUCCCUUACUGGACUCACCAUUAGAGGUGGAUUCUGAAACCCCUGUCGCAGAUGCCCUCAUCAAGAGACUUCAGGAUGAAGAGGAGAGGCAGGAAGGCCAAGUAGUCGUCAACAAAAUGGUAAGAGUCGGCAAGAGGAGUUCAAAGUCAUCGGUGGAGCAGAAUCAAUCACUACAUCCUAUGAAAGACAUCUUAGUCCCUGAGCAGGACGAGGAGUCUAGUCUGGGCGAGCAUUCAUUCAUCUACUCACCCUCACGAAGAAGAACACGAGCUAAUAGAGCCGAGUCUCCUGGUCCGAGCGAAGAGUCUGCUGCUCCUGUCACUCGCAGCAGGAGAAGAGCUGUGAAAGACGCCUCUGUUGCUCCUCAGGAUGAAAUUGCUUCGGAAGAAGAUCAUGUGGGAGUGGAGAAAGCAGCAGGUGUCUCUAAGACCAGAAAAACUAGCAAACGAACAGCCAAAUCCAAAAGUGUUUCAGAGCCACCUCCUGUCACAGAGGUGGAACUGAUCUCGCCUCUGCCCAGCCCAGCUGAUCCGCUCCCACGAGCACUCAAGAAGAUCAAGGAGGAAGAGGCCCCAGCCUCGAGCAUGAACCUUCGACGGAAACGAAUAAUGGAUGCCGUUUUCACAAAACCUGUCACACGGAGGAAGAAACUGUAAGGAGGGCUGGUGGUUUUAACAGGCGAACCUCAGACAGCCACCACAAAGAUUUGAAACGACUCAGUCGGGAGCUGUCAAAUAAAUGCGUAUGCCUCAACUCAUGAUGGCUGUAUUUCCUCAAAUGCCUCACAGUGCUGCGGUUUGUAUACUGACUUCUCUGUAGGACAAUUAAACAAAAGCAAUGUAGGCCUAAAAAUAUAUUUUUGCGACAAAACACACUGGUGGAUAACCGUGUGAGAGAGGACUAUAUUUUUAGAGAUCACAUGUUCCGCAUGAUACUGUUUCUGUGGCCGUUUUGUGUUGGACAUUUUGCGACGCUCCUCGUAAUGCGGUCAAGUCUGUGGGCGCAGACUGGCACAAGGGAAAGCGAUGAGUGGGCUUUUAGAAGCCCUCGUUCAUAAAACCAGAGACUGAACUGAACCUGCCUCUGAUAAAGAGGUUUUAUUUACAUUCUUUUAUUUUAAGUUUUGUUUUUUGUUUUUGCUGUUGUUUGCUUUUAAGAUUUCAAGGCCUGCUGUUUUUUCUAUUUAAGAAGAAAAGCAACCAUCCCAGUGGAGAUAAGAUUUCUACUGACAAAUUUGUAUAUAGUCUUUUGCUAUGUUCCAAAUAAAGUUAAUAAAUAAAUCCUAAA